CCAGAAUGGGAAUGCAGGGUGAAAAGGGGAUAAGCUGUCUUUGUUCCGCUGCGUAGCUGCCAAGCGGCUGUAUACAUCGCAUGUAUCUCGUUGUAGGUUGACGGCAUCAGGUAUCAAACUGUUGGAGACAAAUAACAAUGGCAUCGAUAAUAAUGGCCGGGUAUCUUUUGUCCCUCGUUUUCCUUUGAGUACUCACAAAGAUGGCGACCAAAACCAUGGAACAAUCAGCGGACCGUUUAGGUUGCAGGGCAUCCUCGUAUGACAAGGCAGUUGAGCAAGCAGUGUGAUAGUCAUAAAGCCGAGCUCGCGCUUCGAAAGACGCGGCCGCGAUGUACAGAGAAACAUGACCAUAAACAGGAAGUUAGCAACGACGUUUCCUAAACAGGCCAUAACCAUUUGGUAGCUUCCUACCAUCUAGAGUUUCAUCGACCGAGCCUCGUCCACCCAUCGAACCUUUCGAGCGAUACAAAACGUUUAGGUCGAUAUUCAGAUCACCACAGAUGGCACCACAGCACCCGGCUUCACAUAAUUGGACUUGUGGCGAUGCUUGCAGUUCAAAGGCACAGUGGGACCGGAAGCACAAGAGAGCAGUUUCAUCAGCAACCAGAGCAUUCGCCUCCAAAGACCUCAAAGAAUUGGAAGGAUUCAGCCCCGAGCGACUCUUCCUUCAAUGGGGCCUUCCACGUUCUUCACUCACAGACGACUUUUUUACACAUCACUAUGCGGCCAUCAUAUCAAACAUCAAUCUCCACGCCAAGCAGAUUUUCAAAGUUGGCGAUAUCCCACCCGAGGGGCCCGUAUGGUCCGUAGUUACUGGCGACAAGAGCUUGGAACUGGAACGUACCAUUGAGAAAGUUGCUCGGCCAGAUCCCCGGGAUCAUAGCCCUUGGGACGACUUGAUCGCCUGUAAUUACAAACGGAUACUCGUCAUGAGAGCCUUCUUUUUGAAGCUUUUUGAGGAUCAGAUAUUUUCACUUCAGCUAUUCGGCGCAGACAACCAGCAGCGGCUUUCACUACUCCAUCAAGAUCAGCAGUUCAUCAAGCAUGAAGGGUUCAAGCGAUCAGAAUUGAGAGCAAGAACAGUGGAAAUGCUAAUAGAAGAGAAUCAUGGCUUGCCACCUCUCUUUUGGAAGCAAGUGGACCAUUAUGCCAUGAAGACCUUCUUGCUCAUCAGGCCAGUCCUGACCUGGGUGAGAAUGACCUGGCCCGAGAAGCCCGAGAAUGGCCCGAAUCCAUCUAUUCGGUCAAUCUUUCAGAUGAUUCAUCAUGAUGUGGCCUACGCGGCUUGGCUCUCUGUCAAUAUUCGUCUGUCUCUCAAGGUUCUUGAGUUCGAAUGGCGCCAGCCUGGCGAACACUACGUACCGGGCCAAUUUGAGAUCCCCGAUCCAGGAGUAGCGCCGAUAUCGUCACCCACCUUACAGAGCCCAACGUCUGAUGGGUUCGUCACUACUUCAUAUUCAUCCAGACUAGUGAUGUCGCAACUACCGACAUCGAGGGUAAUGGUAUCCUUCGUCCCUCUGGUUCAGAGAAUCUCGCUCCUCGAGGGUGCCAAUGGAGAAGAGCCCAUUGGUAGCCAGAGAACGAGGUUGUUGGAGUCUCGAACGGCCUAUUACACCCUCUUUGGCCGCACGGAUGAGAUUGAACGACGAGCCCCCGGUUCGCUUGCCGACCACGCAUGUGAGAUGAGGCGACCUAAACCAACAUUUGUCUCUAAGGUCUCUGAGUUCUUCCGUCCAUUUCUCUGGCAGCUUUUUGUAUUGACUCUGAUUUAUCAACUCCUAAAAUACACGUACCUACUGCGGGAGGAGGACAGCAGGCAAGGCAAUGAGGGCGGGAUGGGUUCAGCACAAGAUCCGUUGUCUGAUCAUUGAGGAGGUUGCUGUUACUAGGUACUAGGUAGCUUUUGACCAGGUCCGAGGCGGUGGUUUUCCGGCGUUGGCGGCGUGGCAUGAACGCCAGAAUCACGCCGACUUUCACUUGAAUCGGUAGUGGAGAGAGUAAUGGAAUUUAAGAUACCAAAUGUCACU